GCUGACAGAUAAUGGAAACAUUUCCUUGGCAAUGUCUCUGGGGCGACUCCUCCGACGUGCCUCUUCAAAAGCUUCCGACCUCCUGACCUUGAAUCCUGGUGGUGGCAGCAGUUCAUCUUCCAUACUUGAUGGGGAGAUUAUCUACUCUAAGAACAAUGUCUGUGUCCACCCACCUGAGCUGCUACAAGGCAUCGGGGAGCAUCAUCCAGGCUAUUUGUGCUUGUACAUGGAGAAAGAUGAGCUACUGGGAACCACGCUUAUCCUUGCCUGGGUGCCAAACUCCCGCAUUCAGAGGCAGGAUGAAGAAGCCCUGCGCUAUAUCACUCCUGAGAGCUCCCCUGUCCGUAAAGCUCCCCGCAAACGCGGCCGCCACACUCAGGGUUUCGGCAUUGUUCGGCAGGCUUCCCCCACCGAGCAGAGAGGGGCAGUGAUCCUGAAAGGAGAAGACAUCUUGACUGUGUCACAGCUUGUGAAAGAUGUGGCUUACAUCAGCUCCCCCUCUUCGGAAGGGGAGAAGCUCUCCCAGUGCUGCCCCGCGGCAGACGGCACCCGCCGGUCCCCCCAGCCUGCCCGCAGUGACUCAGGAAUCCUAUCGACAGUCAGUUCUCAGGAGGAGCAGAACGGGUCGGAGCCGUCGGUGGAGGGGACGGAGGAAGGUCUGGACUGCAGGCCAGAGCCGGGGGAGGACGAGGGCUCCUUGGAGCUGUCUGCUGAUGACGUGAGCAGGGACAGUACUUUUGACUCUGAUUCUGAUGCCUUCUCUUCCCCCUUCUGCCUCUCUCCCAUUAGUGAAGCCCUCGGGAAAAGCAGUAGUUCUGUGUUUCUGGAUAACGAAAGCAGGGACACGUGUGACAAUCGCAUGACCUGCUCCACCAGCUCUGCCUCCAGCCUCGACACCGGUGCCCAGUUCCAGGAGAAUAACGGGCAAACGCAGAGCACCAGAUGGGACGAGCAGCAGAAAGUAUUUGCCCUCGAGCAGGUCUGUGGUGUCUUUAGAGUGGACCUGGGACAAAUGAGAUCCCUUCGCCUCUUCUUCAGCGAUGAGGCAUGCACCUGUGGACAACUGGUUGUUGCGAGCAGGGAGAGCCAGUACAAGAUCUUCCAUUUUCACCAUGGUGGCCUGGAUAAACUGUCCGAGGUGUUUCAGCAAUGGAAGUACUGCACAGAGACCCAUCUCAAGGACCAGCAGCUUACUGAUGAGAAAACAUGCAUGCAGUUCUCCAUCCGCCGUCCCAAGCUGCCCUCCUCGGAAACCCACCCGGAGGAGAACACGUACAAGCGUCUGGAUGUGUCUGCCUGGCUCCAUCACCUGAAUGAAUCCGGACAGGUGGAAGAGGAGUACAAGCUGCAGAAGGCCAUUUUCUUUGGUGGGAUUGAUAUUUCCAUCCGUGGGGAGGUGUGGCCCUUCCUGCUGCACUACUACAGCUACGAGUCCACCUCUGAAGAGAGGGAGGCACUGAGGCUGCAGAAGAGGAAAGAAUACUUUGAGAUCCAGGAGAAAAGGCUUUCGAUGACUCCAGAUGAACAGAAGGAUUUUUGGUGUAAAGUACAGUUCACGGUAGAUAAAGACGUCGUGAGGACUGACCGCAGCAACCAGUUCUUUCGAGGGGAGGACAACCCAAAUGUGGAGACUAUGAGGAGGAUCUUGCUGAACUAUGCAGUAUUUAACCCAACAAUUGGAUACUCCCAGGGGAUGUCCGACCUGGUUGCCCCACUCCUGGCAGAGAUCCUAGAUGAGUCGGAUACUUUCUGGUGCUUUGUAGGAUUGAUGCAGAACACGAUCUUCAUCAGCUCACCCCGGGAUGAGGAUAUGGAGAAACAGCUGAUGUACCUGCGAGAGCUGCUACGGCUUAUGCACCCACGCUUCUACCAGCACCUUUCUUCCUUGGGAGAGGACGGCCUGCAGAUGCUUUUCUGUCACCGUUGGAUCCUCCUCUGUUUUAAACGUGAAUUUCCAGAUGCUGAGGCUUUGCGCAUGUGGGAAGCGUGCUGGGCUCACUAUCAGACUGACUAUUUCCACCUCUUUAUCUGUGUGGCCAUCGUGGUGAUUUAUGGGGAUGAUGUCAUUGAACAACAGCUGGCCGCUGACCAGAUGCUGCUGCACUUCGGCAACCUGGCUAUGCACAUGAACGGAGAACUUGUACUCAGGAAGGCGAGGAGUCUGCUCUAUCAGUUCCACCUCCUACCCCGCAUCCCCUGCAGCCUGCAUGACCUGUGCAAGCUGUGUGGGACAGGAAUGUGGGACAGUGGCUUCAUCCCCGCUGUGGAGUGCUCUGGCCAUCACCCGGAGUCCGAGAGCUGCCCGUAUGGGGGACUGGCGGAAGUGUCUUCUCCUCAACCGGGAAGCGAAGGCAAGAGAGGCUUGAAAACACGGGACGUCUUUGCUUUCCGAAAAUAGCUGUAGAGGAACAGGGUGUGACAGCGGAAGAGGGAAGGGCAGGAAGGAUGUGCACAGGAAAAAACGUUGAAGACAAAAAUGGAGGGAUAGCUUGUCAAGACUCCUGAGAAGACUGAAAGGUGGAGAAUGGACAAGGAAUGAAAUCACUCUACAGGGAAAGCAAAUUCCAGUGCGCUGGUGGUGGAACCUGAACAAAAUGCAUCAAACCAGGAACAGUGUUUGCACGUGUUUGGAUUUGAUUUUGUUAGAAACAUGCCUUUUCUAGGUCUUAACAAGGACUUUUUAUUCUGCCUCUGGGAUUGGACUGGUUAGCAACCAGAACUUUGUUACUUGCUGAUGGGAAAUGAGAACACUAGAGAGAGCCAAGUACAACCAGCAGCGUUUGUGGGUCAGGUGGAAGGAGCAGAGCUGUGGCAAGACCUCUGUCUGCAAUGUCCCUUCAUCCAGAGCAUACCACACGCACCCACUCUUUGCUUCAACCCAAACGUGCAGCUUAGUGGCUUCUCUCUAAAGCCAUAAAGACCGUUUUAAUUAUAAUCUGCCAAAAAUAAAACUGUGGACUAUUGGGAAUGCAGGGAAGGUGUCUGCUUUGUUGGUGAGGAAGAACUGGUCACCUAAAGGUCUUGUCUCUCGCCUUUUCAUUUUUUUAUAUGGUAUACUGGCUGGCAUGAUUUUUUUUCCAUUUGUACAGAAAGUGUACAGCCACAGGUCUUAAAGCGCCACUUUUCUGUAGUCAGGGUAUUUCAUAGACACCUUUCAAAGUUUACUUCUUCAUGACAUUACAGCAAAGCUGUUUCUUUAUGCUGACAACUACAGACUUUGGACACGUGUUUAUGGAAGUCUGUUGUUUCCAGUAUGUUUCCCAUUGUGUUUCCUUUGGCUCUUCUCAAUUACUGAAUAUUUCCUGUCCUUACCUGUCUUUGCCAUAGGCUGUAGGACAUACACUCCAUGUGGGCUUUAGGCUCUUCAGCUGGUGCCAGUAGCGCACCCUCUUCCCCAUCCCAAAGUGAAAAUGAAACUUGGUUUGUUGCAGUCAUUUUUGCUGAGCUCUGUCUCUGAUAAAGGUUUCUCUUGAAGUAUUUUUGAAAGGACAGCAUGUUUCUCCUCUUGUCUUGUAUAAAAUUUGCCAACCAGAAGUGGAGCUGGGGCCUUCAGCACAGCCGUGUUGCCAAAUGUCCUUACCAAAUUCAGUGGCAUCCAAAGGUGUGUCCUGAGCCAGCGUUUGUGCCAAACAGAGCCAGGGGAAUAGUUUCCUUGUAAGAAUGAAAAAGGAGACGAGGUGACAGUGGGCUGUGCCGGCUUUGCUGCAUCCCUCUGCAUGGCGGAUGAAGUCUUGCAGCCUCUCCCGGUUGUCUUGCUCCCUCUCACUUCAAGCACACUGCUUCUCCUAUACAGCUGUGUCUUGGUCUGGCAGGGGGGGAAGUCCCUGCUCACUUUUCAGCAUUGCCUAUCAAUCAGGCUUGUUUGUCCUAUUAGCAGCACGUGUGGAGAACCCCGUAUCCUCGUGGAUAGUGCUGCAGUGGGUUCCUGCAUCUGACAAGCAAAUUCCUCUAAAAAUCUUUCUGCAAGGCCUUACCCACAGCCUGUUCUGGAGCCCGUGUGCCGCAUACCUGCUGGGAAGUGAGGCUGGCAACUGGGAUGCUUUGUGUGAAACCAACACAAACCAUGUGCACGCUGCGUUUGUAAGGGGAAGAAGACUUGACCCUAUGCAGGCACCACGCCAAAGACUGGCUGUUGUGUGGCAGAAGGACAGUUUGGCUCCUGAUUUGUGUGGCUUUAAUUCAGAGGAUGAAAACCUUCCCCUUGAUGAGAGCAAUGGUGAUACCUACUGCAGUAUCGUACACCUCCAAAAUAGCCCGGCUUCGAGAGGUACCGAGGCUGCAAGGCUGCAGGUGCUUGCUGGGGUUGUAGGAGGUGACACCUCGUAUAAGGGCUGGUGGCUGCUUUGCUGUGAAGCAGGGAGUUCUUUGAGAUUUAUGAUGCUUCAG